GAGAUCACGUAUAGUCAUUGCGACAUAUUUGAUGGGCGAAGACAAACAAUACAAAAACUAGCAGCGACAACAACAACAAUAAUUGCUCUCGAUACAUCCAUGGUGAUCGCUUCCCCUUCUUCAGUCCCUAUAGGCCCUGUCUAUUGUCAAUUUUGUCAAAUAGAAGAUAUUUGUUCUUCUGGGGCCACUAGCAGUUGGAUGAGAUGUCCUUUGGAUGGUCGACGAGCUCUUGAUCUUGCUAGCAUAAGCUUUAGAUACAGGAGCCCAUUCUUUGGAUCAGGGAAAUCCAAUUGGUUGUCUGCUGGAAAAGAUGUUUGCCCAUCAAAAGUUUGGGUUGCUGCAGAUUACUCGGACUCAGUUCCUGAUUCAUCAAAUUACAUGGGUGAUCGAGGAUAUCAUCCUCUUGAGGAAGUGAAAGUUAGCCGGAGGAGCACGGAGAUAAUGCUAACAUCUGCUGAAAUAGCAAGGACAACUGUUGAGGCUAAUAGCAACGCCUUAUUGUUAUUCCCUGGGAUGGUACAUUGCGAACCACAUGAACAAAUCUCAUGGGCCGAAUUUCAUUAUAUUAUUGAUGACUAUGGAGAUCUAUUUUUUGAAAUUUUUGAUGAUGAAAACAUAUUUCAAGAUCCCGGUGCAAGUAAUCCUGUGAAUGUUUUGAUUGGGAUGGAUAUCUCAAUGUAUACGAACAGAAGGGUAGAUGGUAACUAUAACAACAUUUCAGACAGGGGCAGUGAUGCUGAUAUCCCUUUCAAUGAUGAUCUUUUUGAGGCUAUAGAUCCUGAUGCAUUGGAUAUUCUAGUUGAUUGGAGGAUGCUAGAUAUUAAUAAUGGGGUUCAUCCUUUGUAUUUUGCCAAGACUUUGACAAAGGCAGUUAAUACCAAAUACUCAGAAAAUAUGGACCGUCCAUCAAACGGGCUUUCAAUUAUCGGAUGUCUAAGACCUGCUUUUUCUGAUGAGGAAUCUUAUCUAAGAAGGCUCUCUCACAAUGGAGAUGGUGAUGGGUAUGCCUCAGACUGGAAAGAUGGUGAGAGCUUGAACUUUAAUUCUGAAAGUGCUGGAGCCAACAUAUUUUCAACAUUAUACAAGAUGGAGAUUAUGCAGAUUGAAUUGUUCUCUGUAUAUGGAGUUCAGUCUUCAAUUAGUUUGCAACAUUUCCAAGAUGCUGAGCCUGAUAUUCUCGUACAUUCUGUUUCGGAGAUCAUAGAACGCUUUAAUGAGAAGGGGAUGAAGUAUAAUGCUGCUCUUAAAUCCUUCUGCAGAAAGAAGGGCCUAAAUGUUGAGGGAGCAAAUCUUAUUGGAGUUGACAGUCUUGGCAUGGAUGUUAGAGUUUUUUCUGGUGCAGAAACUCAGACCCUCCGUUUCUCAUUCAAAUCUCGGGUUACAUCUGGACGUGCUGCCGAGAAAAAGAUUCAGCAAAUGUUGUUCCCAAGGUUUCAGAGGAAAAGAUUUAAGCCUCUUGAUGAUGGUCUGAAGAACCCGGAUUCAUUUUAAACUCCAUAUUUUCAAAGGAAUUGCUUUUAAAAAUAAGCUGCUUUGUUCAAUGUCUCAAUAAAGUUUAUAUGGCCAGUUCCAAAUCUAACAGAGGUUCUCCCUGACAUGCACUCUGCGCAAACACCUACUGUUAUUUGCUCAUGAAGAAGAAAGGUGAAGCUUUGGACUAACCCUUAAAUCAGCACAAGAUGAAUUUAGACAUAAAUG